AUGCCCGACCAGGAGAACCGCCCGCCUCGCGCCUAUCCACCGUUGUCGGCCGCUGUGUCGCAUGGCCCGUCUCAGCCUCAUGUCCACCACGGCCAGCAAGGAAUCGCUCCCCAAGCUCCCUCGCAGCAGCAGCAGCACGCCUCCCAGUACCCUACCGGCCCUCACCUUGCCGGCCAGAAACCGCCACACGCCCAGAUGCAGCGGUCUCCCAGCUACCAGGCCGGGGACGACACCGGAUACUUCGACUCCAGGGCUGCAGUCGGCGGAGGAGCGUCAGCAUACCCGUACCACGACGGUCGCGGAGGAAGCGUCCACGGGUCUCACUCCAGCAACUUCGGCUCCAGGCACUCGCAGCACUCUGCCGUGAGCCAGACCUCUUCCCACGGCUCCUCCGCCAUGUCGGGAUACCAGCACCAGUACCAGGGCACCAGCACCCCGUCCCCAGGCCAGCAGCAGCCGUCAUACAACCCCCAGCAGUUCUCGCAGCAGCAGCAGCAGCAACAGCCUCCUCCCACGCCGCAGCAGGCUAGCUACAAUCCACAGGCCUUCUCGCAGUUUUCCAGCCAGCAGCCGCAUCAUCAGCCCUACAUUCCUGCGGCGUACCAGUCAUCUCCCUCUGUAGGAUCAUUUCAGUCAUCGCCAGGUGUAAACUGGUCCGCGGGCACGCCGGUUCAGACUUCAUACCCUUCAACCUCGCCAUCCUUCUUCCCUCCGUCUCAUGCUGUGCCUACUUCGCCGGGUCCCAUGUCGGCUCGCCCGCUGGAUAGUUACAAUGACUAUUCGCUUCCAUACGGCAACCAAACAACUCACCACCAUCCAACUUACCCUCCCAUUGCGUCUCAGAGUGUUGCUGCCACCCCCGUAUCUGCGCAUCCUUCUUCAUACUCGUCCUAUAACUACCCUUCAUCAGCCCACCCUCAAUCGGCGGUUACAUAUGGCACCGAGGCUACAAACGAUCGUAUCCGGAGAUACUCUUCCGCCAAAGCUCCGGCGCAAGCUGCUGAGUACCAAUACACGCCAAAUACGCCUGCUCAUAGCACGGUUCAACAUGACGCAGGGUAUUGGGCUACCAAGCCGGCUUCCUAUUCAGCAAGCCCCCCGCCCCCGCCUCCUCCCGCACAUCAUAACUCCCAGUCUUCUUCUCCUAGACGUACGGACACGCUCACCCGCCAUCCACAGGCACGGCCACUUCCCGGACCACCACCUGAGUUCGAAGGGCGAAAUGGCCGUGACCAGGUGGAGCCGAGCUAUGAUGAUAUUAUCAAGGAGGUGGAGGCCGCCGUCAUGGAAGGAAGGCCAGACACCACGCGCAGACACAGUUCACGGGCGAGACGGCCACUCCCACAACAGCCACCAAUACAGGAGUCUGAUGAUAGUCCUUACCCGACUUCUGCGCUUUCGCCCGGCGUACAACUCUUCCCGGAUGAAGUACAGACUCAUACCAAUGGAGGAAAUAUUAGCUCCACUGGGACAGGGCAAUAUGUUAAUUACAAUGCUUACAGCGACGACAGUGAUGCAGAAGUAGCUGCUGGGCUGGAAGCUCUGCGAGUAGCCGAUGAGGAAGAGGCUGCCAUGCGCGCAAGACGAAAUACGCAUACAUCUACUGCAAGCUCGUUUGGCUACCAGCACCAGGAGACACCACCACCGCCACUGCCCCAAAGCCAACACCGUGGAGAGUCGAGUAGUGAUAGUGACUUUGCUCUCCACGAUAUUGGUCUCUAUGGCGGCGGAUAUAGCGCUGACAUGCACUAUGGGGAGGAUGCUCUGAUGGAGGGAGCGAGAGCCAAUUCCCAACGCGAAAGCAGGAACAGUACCUCCAAUCAAUAUGAUUACCCUAGUAUCGACCAGGACUCCAUACAUCCCUUCCCCGAGAUUGAACCCACCGCCAGGGUCGAUGCCGUUGGUACAGGUGGGCUCUCCGAACCUUCAGCUUAUCGUCGCAUGAGCUUUGAAAAUGGAGACGAAGCGGUUCUUAGAAGGCAUUCGUCCGCCACGAGCUCUCUUAGCGAUGCACCCGGAGAAGGAGAACCUCAGGACUUGUUCUUCCAUCCAGGAAUGAGCUCCAGGCCCCUGCCACCUCCCCCUGUCCCGAUUGCCGCCCAAAAUCUACUUCCUCAUCUCAUGCCUGCAGGUACUUAUCGCUCUAGCGAGCAUACCGGCCAAAUACCAUUGGACCACUACCAUAUGCCGGGUUAUCCAACUUCUCCAAACACAUAUACUCAUUCCAACUCUACUUCGGCUGUUCCUCGCUCAACAUCACUAUCAGACCAUACAACCUCACAUAAAUCUGCAGAUGCAAUCAUUCGGUCGAAGACGGAUGCUGACAGGGCUAAAUCAAAACAAGCUGCCUACGAUUCCUCCAUGUCAACCCCAUCAGUCACCCUUGACCUUCCGGUUCUUCCUACUGGAAAGCGGAAGAAGUUCCACCCAGGUAAACUAUCGAGCGAACAGUUCCGCAAGUGCUCAGAGCCAUGGGCUAUCAGUGCCAUUGUGGCUUGGAUAAGAGACCUUGCUGAAGAUGAGACAGAUCUAAAGGAGCAUUCAAUUGUUGAAGCAAUAGUUGCUUUGUUCACCCACAAAGUCCCAACCAUGAAUACCGCAGACGCCGAGACUCUCAGUGACAGAGUCGUCAAGAGCAUGUUUGCCGCAGGAGCAUUGAUCAAAGACGAAGAGUGGGUAAAAUUUGGACCAGGCACAUUGUCUGGUGUGUUAUGGCAGAUUACCGGUCAGGGAUGUUAUUCCUCCCGGUUGCAUAACCAGGAAUAUGAUAUAUUCGGACGAUGUUACUCCCACCACUGCAUGAGGACAUUGAAGAAAAUCAACUUGAAAAUGGUAGAAGCGCAGAAAAAGGCCGAAGAUUGGGCGACAUUCUACAAAAUUGGCAAAGAGGUCUUCUCCUCGCAUUCUAAAAAGGAGAUCGACCGUCAAAACAACCUUCACGAAAUUGUCACAACCGAAGACUCGUAUAUUGCACAGCUCGAUGUUCUGCGGACACUCUAUAGGGAUACCCUUGCCACAGCACAGCCAUCCGUUAUCAGCCCUAAGCGUCUGGAUAGGUUCCUUAGGGACGUGUUUGGAAAAGUCGAUGCAGUGAAGAGGGUGAAUGAAGAAUAUCUACUAGCUCAGCUCAAGUACAGACAAAAGGAGCAGGGACCCUUCAUCGUUGGCUUCAGUGACAUUUUCCGAGAAUGGAUUCGAAAAGCUAAAGCUGCCUACAUUGAAUAUGCGGCAACGUUUCCUAAUGCCAAUUACCUCGUACGGCGAGAAGCUGAAUCAAACAUGCUCUUCCGCUCGUUUUUGAACCAGGCGCGUGAGAACAGAUUAUCAAACAGGUUGAGCUGGGAUACUUACUUGAAGGCUCCCAUCACCCGUAUCCAGCGUUAUACACUGCUUCUCAGCACUGUUCAUAAGAACAUGGAAAAGGAUUCAGAAGAGAAGGCCAAUCUGCUACAGGCUAUCGAGGAAAUCAAACUUGUCGCCUUGGACUGUGACAACAAAGUUGGAGAAAUGACGAAGAAGAUGGAUCUCAAGGAACUAGGAGCGAAACUACAGCUAAGACCAGAGAUGAAGUCCAUCGUCGAGCUCAACCUAGAACAUCUUGGGCGCGAAAUCAUACAUCAAGGCGACUUGCAACGACCAAGGACAAAGAGGUUCAACUGGGUCGAUAUCCGAGCUAUCCUCUUUGACCAUUACCUUGUCUUGGCCAAAAUAGUGAUUCACAGAGACGCAGCGGGCAUAAAACAUGAGACAUUCGAUGUUUCUAAGCUGCCUAUUCCCAUGGAUCUCCUUACCCUGGUCAGUACCAACGAUGACCCAGUCGUCAGGUCCGCAGUCAAGGGCAUCGCACCAGCUAACCCGCGAGUCGGCGCCCCAGCCGGCCUCGCUCAUGCUGCAACCGCGCCGCAACUGAAUUCUCCUGCACCAGGUGCAGCUGGCAGAUCAGUAACCACAACCGUCCUGGAAAACUCCAGAGAUGAGAAGAUUCUCUAUCCUUUCAGAAUCAAACAUCUUGGAAAACGUGAUGUUUACGUUCUUUACGCUCCAACCGCCCAGUCCCGGCAGGAAUGGUGCGAGAAGAUCUUCGAAGCAAAGACCAAACACGCUGCUGCUCUCUAUGCUCAGAACGCAGAACCAUUCAGACUGCGUGUCCUUUCAGACUCAGCCUUUGCUUACUCGGAUCAGGCCGUUCCUACCAAGAGUGCUGUUAUCAAGGGAACCCCUCUUGACAGAGCCAUCAGAGACGUUGAGAAGAAGUAUGAACGAAACCUAUCUCGACCUUUGCCCGUUUGCAGAGCGGCCGUCAAUUGUGCAACCGUAUUCCAGCAGCCUCCUGGGAAAAUGAUGUGUGCCAUAGGUACAGAUUAUGGCGUAUAUAUCUCUGCAUACGACGAUCCUAGAGGAUGGACAAAGGGAAUUUCAAUGCUGCGUGUCACGCAGAUUUCUGUUUUUGAGGAAUUCAAUCUUUUCCUCUUGAUUUCUGACAAGUCUUUGAUCGGGUAUCAUUUGGACGCAAUCUGUCCAGUCAAUGGUGCUGUGCAGCCUGACUCGCAACGACGGGCACCUCAAAAGCUUUCUGGAAACCGGGAAGUAGGCUUCUUUGCUGCGGGCCGCAUGAAGGAUAGGGCGCUGGUAUUCUACAAGAAGAGAGACGGCAUUUCCUCUACUUUCAAGGUAUUGGAACCUGUUCUUCAAAAAUCAUCUUCAAGCCGUUCUCGCUUCUUGUCCCGACGAGGCCAAACCGAGUUCUUCCGCGAGUAUGAUGAAUUCUAUAUCCCAGCUGAGAGUUAUGGAAUCAACCUUUUCCAUACAUCUCUUGCUAUAUCUACAUCCAGAGGCGUGGAAGUCCUCACCCUGGACAAGAAACAGCCCUGGUCUGUCCCCAAUCUGAAAUCUGAACAAGCCGACGUCCAAUCCCACCUCACCAGCAUCGCAAACAGAGUGAAAGAUCUCCGCCCCCUCGGAAUGUUCCGCCUCAGCGAUAGUGAGUUCCUCGUUGCUUUCCAGGAAUGCGCAGUAUACGUCAAUAAACACGGAGACGUCAGCCGUAGCGUGGUCAUGGAAUUUGUCGGCAUCGCUCAUGCAGCCUGUCUAUGCGGAAAGUUCCUUCUCCUCUUUAACGAAGACUUUGUCGAAGUCCGCAAUGCAAUGAACGGUCGUCUUCGACAAGUCAUUGCCGGGAGAAACGUUACACUAUUAGACGAUGGUGGUAACAACGGUGUUGGAGCCGACCACCAUGCCAACGCGGUAGGCGGUUCGAAUUUCAAUGACACAGCCUCCACCCACACACGUAACGGUCUCGGAAUCUCCACUGGAUUUGGCGGUAUUUCUCGCACAGUCAAGAUCUGCAUGCAGCAUCCUGAACGUGAACGAAGCCAGAUCGUACUGGAACUUUUGGAGAACGAAGGACAGAAAGAUUAA